GACUGCAGAAAUUAGCGAUGCAGGUCCUGUGCUCACAGAACACAGCAAUGGCGAAGAUGAGAGAGCCAAUCAGGACUGCGAUCAGGGCAUGACACUUCAAGAAAAAAAAAAAAAAAACAUGUUGAAUUUUCAAUGCAGCAGCCGGCUCGGGGAGGCUGCAUGAUACCGGAGGAAACAUAAAGCAUUGGGAAAGAUUAAACCACAAAGGAAAAAAAUUAUAUAUAUAUAAGCAUUAUAAUAAAAACAGUGAAAAUUACUUGCCGUAGAAGGUAGACGACAUUGAAAAUGUCAGUGCAGAUUGCUAAAUGGAUUAUGGGUGGAUUGACAACGACUACACGGAGAGACAGAGCUUAAAUCCCAGGCACUGUGACACUGCAAGAUAUUCUAGGUACAGAUGGACAACAUAUUUCUAGUCUUUAAAAAAGCGAGUCCGAAUGGAAAGCUCACUGUAUACCUGGGGAAGAGGGACUUUGUGGACCACAUUGAUGUCGUGGAUCCCGUUGAUGGUGUUGUUUUGGUUGAUCCCGAAUAUCUGAAGGAGCGGAAAGUAUUUGUGACUCUGACCUGCGCGUUCCGUUAUGGCCGGGAGGAUCUCGAUGUUUUGGGCUUGACGUUCCGCAAAGACCUUUUUGUUGCAAACAUUCAGGCUUUCCCACCAGUCCCGGAGGAGAAGAAGCCGCUGACUCGGCUGCAGGAACGUUUGAUCAAGAAGUUGGGCGAGCAUGCAUACCCGUUCACCUUUGAGAUCCCACCAAACCUCCCCUGUUCAGUGACACUUCAGCCAGGUCCCGAGGACACUGGAAAGGCCUGCGGUGUGGACUAUGAAGUGAAGGCUUUCUGUGCCGAGACCUUGGAGGAGAAAAUCCAUAAAAGGAAUUCUGUGCGUUUAGUGAUCCGCAAGGUCCAGUAUGCUCCGGAGAGGCCAGGACCGCAGCCCAUGGCCGAAACCACAAGACAGUUCCUGAUGUCUGAUAAACCCCUACAUUUGGAAGCGUCUUUGGAUAAAGAGAUCUAUUAUCACGGAGAGCCCAUUAACGUCAAUGUCCAUGUGACCAACAACACAAACAAGACUGUGAAGAAAGUGAAGAUCUCAGUACGACAGUACGCCGAUAUCUGCCUCUUCAACACUGCGCAGUACAAGUGCCCCGUCGCUGUGGAGGAAGCUGACAGCGACGUUGUGGCCCCCAGCUCCACCUUCUGCAAGGUCUACACACUGACUCCGUUCCUGGCCAACAACCGGGAGAAGAGGGGACUGGCCCUGGACGGCAAACUCAAGCAUGAAGACACCAACCUGGCCUCCAGCACGCUACUGAGAGAUGGUGCCAACAAGGAGAUCCUGGGAAUCAUCGUCUCCUACAAAGUCAAAGUGAAGCUGGUCGUCUCUCGAGGAGGCCUUUUGGGAGACCUUGCGUCAAGUGAUGUUGCUGUAGAGCUCCCUUUCACUUUGAUGCAUCCAAAACCCAAGGAGGAACCUCUACAUAGAGAUGUUCCAGAGAACGAAGCGCCUAUAGAUACAAAUCUGAUAGAGUUUGAUACAAACGAUGAUGAUAUCGUUUUCGAAGACUUUGCCCGUCAAAGACUGAAAGGGAUGAAAGACGACAAAGAGGAGGAAGACGAAGGGACAAACUCCCCUUCGACGAACGACAGAUAAGAAGCCUCCCGCCGUGACCUCCUCACCGUGUAAAACUCGUGGAUCGGGGGGGGGCUUCUUUUUCUUUCUACUCCAAAGAAGCCCCGGCCAUAACAUUGAUUCGGCAGCCCUUAUAAUCUUACAGCUGUGCCAUAACUGUCACCACGCAUCGUACUCCCCUUCUUCAGUUUCCGGCUACACUUAUCUUACACGCACACACACAAAAAAAAUAUUCAAAAAUUAAAGCGUACAAUCAUGGUCUGUGCAUCAACUUACAGUACGUAAGGAGUUCUUGUAGCACUUUUGUAUUAAUCGAGUCUUUUAUGCAUUUUGUAUAAUUCCGGUAGUAUCAUAUUAAGUAUUUGUUACACAAAAAAAAAAAAAGAA